AUGGCGGCAGUCGAUUUGCAGCGCAUAAUAUCUGCAGACCCCUCAGUUGGCUCUUCAUCGCAUCAGUCUGCGGCCGGUACUUGGAACGCUGCCCGCUCCCGAACUCUCCAAUCGACAAGCUGCAACCUGGUUCCAAUGCCAGAGACAGUCAGCAUGACAGAGGCCGCAGCGGAGAACGAGAUACCCUCAUGCCAGGGGUGCCGUCGGCGGAAGCUGAAAUGCUCUCGAGAACAGCCGACAUGUUCUCACUGUGUCAGGCUAGCUUCCCCUUGCGUGUAUGACCUGAAGAAAAACAAGCCCGGUAUCAAAGCCGGAGCGGUAGGCAGUCUGAGUCGGCGUGUUGAAGUUCUUGAACAGGCUUUGCUCGAACGGCAAUCUAAUUCAACCUGCUCCGAUCCAGCGCCCACCGAGACACCUGAGAAUGGGACGCCAAAUGUGUUAGGAGUUUUGUCCAUGCUAGCCACUGAGCUGCAGAAGCUCAACGCAACGCGGCGAUGGGACUCAAUGCCUGGAUUGGCCAACACCUCGCGUUAUCACACAGCAGCUUCCCCCACUGGGACCAAUGGAUCCAGUCGCAACAACUUCGAGCGCAAUUCGGAAAUCUCACCCCGUACGUGCCAUGCGCCCCUUGCAAAGAAAAGACGGAGAGUAGACAGUUGCGGCAACCCGAACGUUGAUGUAUCCUUCUCCCUGGACGAGAACCUGGACAGCAGUGUCUCAAGCCUGCCGGAUGCGACCCUUCUGGAAGAAGUCAUUAGUAUAUACUUUGACCGCGUCCAGCCCUGGAUACCAAUUCUGCACGAAACAAAUUUCAGACAACGCGUCCAGAACCAUGAUGAGCUUCCGCAGCUUGUUGUUGUGCUGCAUGCGAUGGUGAUUGCGGCACUGCGGUUUGUCGAGAGCCCCAAUCUGAGACUUUCUGCAACAGAGGUCGAGCGAAUAUGCGCUCGCUCGAGGCGCUUGGUCCUUUUGACUUGCAUGGAUGGAUUGUCGGUGGAGAAUCUUCAGGCCUUGAUUAUUGUGGCCUUUGAAGAUAUUGGCAAUGGGGAAGCCUCGCGAGCUUGGUCCGUGAUAGGAUCACUCACCAGAACUGUCGAAUAUUUGCAACUCAGUGUAGAGGACGACAGUCAUGCCAAGACAUCCUUGCUCAAGCCGUUGCCAACGGUGAAAAGGCCAAAGAAUUGGACCGAGGAAGAGCAGAGACGGAGGGUCUUCUGGACUAUCUUCUGUCUAGACCGCUUCUGCUCAGUCACAACUGGCUGGAACACGAGUCUCACCUCGGAUGACGUGCAAAGACGGCUACCCGCCGACGGAGGCACGUGGCAUAAAGAGGAGGGCGUGACAACCCCCUACUUUGGCAUAUGGGACCGGAGCGUGGCCAAGAUCGGCAACUCGAUAGCGUUUCUACCCGGGAAUUAUCCCAGCCCUGACAAGGGGCAGGAUAACACAGCGUCGACGCCUGCAGCGACGGCCUCACAUGCGAAGAUAAAUGACCCUGACAUGACUACCGUCGGUGCCUUUGCCUAUCGCAUAGAGGCAACCGAGUCACUGAGUCGCAUCACGACGUACUUUCUGCAACAGAACAUUGACUUUUCGAAUCGACAACAGGUCAGUGAUUGGUUGACGCGGUUCAAAGAGCUAGAUCUGCGCCUCGUUCAGCAACCAACCAUGAUAAACAUGGAUCCUAAUUUGACACUGGCCCAUGUCACACACAACACGUCUAUGAUUCUCCUGCACCAGAGAAUUGCCUAUCCAGACCCGAAGUGGUCUGACACGUUCAAGCUGCCCAGCUUCUGUAGUGCUGAAACGUGCCAGGUUGCUGCCAUCGAAACAGCCACCAUCACGCAGAAGUACCUGAAGUAUACCCCGUCACAUUAUCCGGUCGCCGACCAGUACGCCUUUUGCGUUUACAUAAGUGCUCGUGUACUCUUGGUCCACUGGCGGCACUAUAAUUCCGAGCUUCCGCUCGAGUUCCGGGAUCUGGUCGAUGCCCUCGACGAGAUGGCACGAAGAUGGGCUGGUCCAAUUUUGGUUCACCGUGCUACCAGCUCCUUGGCUGGAAAAUACGCCGAACAGCUACGUCUCAUGCGCAAACAGUGCACGGAGGACCCUAGCUUGACCAUUGAUGUUCUGGGGUACUCCAGUGGCCUGGCCCGGGGAACUCCAUCUAGCCCCUUCUUCCCUGACGGCGGCCAGUCCGGAACAAGGACCAACAUGUCCAGCGACAAUGUGAACCAUAGUCUGCCCGAUUCGAGAUGUGAAACUCACGAGCAAUCUGGACAAUUGCACUUGGGCAACAUGCCCGCAAAUAGCUUAGCAACUGACGGCAUUCAUCCGGACAAUCUGUCAGCCAUCUCCCAUCUGCUGAUGGAUGAGGACUUUAUGACCUCGACGAUAUGA